AAGCCAAAGAGAAAGAGAGAGAGAGAGAGGAGAGACCUGUGCAAUGAGUACGUUGGGAGCUUGGGACUAUGCCAUCCUGGCCGUGGUCCUCAUCAUAUCAAUAUGCAUCGGUGUCUAUUAUCGGUACGUGGACAAUAAACAGAGCAAUACCACGGCGUAUUUUCUGGCUGAUCGUUCCAUGGGCGUAACGCCAGUGGCGUUCAGCUUGAUGGCCAGCUUCAUGUCGGCGGUCACAAUACUUGGCGUAUCCAUGGAGAUCUAUCAGUAUGGCACCAUGUUCGUCAUCAUCAAUAUCUCGUAUGUGCUGGCAACACCUGUUGCCGCCUAUCUAAUACUGCCAGUAUUUUAUCGCUUGAAAACGGCCAGCGUCUAUGAAUAUCUGGAGCUACGCUUUGGGUAUGCCACCCGUUUGGUGGCCUCGAUAACCUUCUCGCUCCAAAUGAUACUCUACAUGGGCAUUGUGGUCUAUGCUCCGGCACUGGCGCUUGAAGCAGUCACGGGCCUAAGUCAGAUCUUCUCUAUCCUAAUUGUGGGCAUCGUCUGCACCAUUUAUGCCACAAUGGGUGGCAUGAAGGCGGUGCUCAUAACGGACAUAUACCAAUCGAUCCUGAUGUUUGUCUCCGUCUUCAGUAUCAUCAUCUACACGGGCAUCAAGGCCGGUAGCUUCGAUGACGUUUGGAAGGUAGCGCAGGAAACCGGGCGCAUUGACUUCACCAACGUUAGCGUAGAUCCCACAACUCGACACUCCUGGUUCACACAGGUGCUCGGCGGCAGUGCAACCUACCUGAGCCUGUACGGCGUAAAUCAAGCGCAAGUGCAACGGCUGCUGGCCGUGCGCAAUCUGCGAUCAGCGCGCGCCGCUCUCUGGUGGUGUUUGCCCAUCUUGUGCCUGCUAAGCAUCAGCACUUGCUUCUCGGGUCUGUGCAUCUAUUGGUACUACCGCAACUGUGAUCCGCUGUUGGCUGGACGCGUCAGCUCGCGGGACCAGAUCAUGCCGCUAUUUGUGGUGGACACCAUGGGCGGCUAUACUGGACUGGCGGGUCUCUUUGUGUCCGGCAUAUUCUGUGCCAGCCUGUCGACGAUCAGCACAGCGAUCAGCUCGCUGGCUGCUGUCACACUGGAGGAUUACCUGAAGCCACUGAUGCACAGCUGUGGGAAACGCACGCUCACGGAUCAUCAGACCAUGUGGUACUCCAAGCUGUUGUCGGCCUUCUUUGGUGCUCUCUGCAUUGGCGUGGCCUUCCUGGCCGGCUCCAUUGGUGGUCUGCUGCAGGCGGCUCUAUCCAUCUUUGGCAUCAUUGGCGGCCCCCUGUUGGGUCUCUUCACGCUGGGCAUGUACGUGACGUCGGCCAAUCAAAAAGGCGCCAUUGGCGGCCUGCUACUGUCGCUAGCCAUUUCCUUUUGGAUUGGCUUCGGUCAGCCAAAGCCGCCCAUACCCAGCCUGGAGAUGUCCAUUGCCGGCUGCCCGGCUGAUCGCAGCUAUGCCACCGACAUAUUCCUCCUGCAAACCGAGACUGCACACUUCAGAGAGAAUCCCGAGCCCGAACCGGAAUCGUCGUACUUCUAUCUCUACCGCAUUAGCUACAUGUGGUAUGCACCCAUUGGCUUCGUCGUGUCCUUGUUUGGCGGCUGGCUGCUCUCGUACUGCAUGGCCGCCUUCAAGUGGGACAACAAUCGUCAGAUCUACCACGACGCCGAUUGCACGCUGAUCAAGCACGAUCUCUUUGUGCCGCCCAUAGCCAAGCGCCUGCAGCGCCGCCAAAUGCCACGCCUAGUCGUGACCAGCACCACCAGCAGCGGCAGUGGCUUUGGCAGCAACAGGAACAGCUACAUCCACAAGGAGUCCAAAAGCGAAAAGCCACACACACAAAUCUAAUCUAUUGAACUCUUCAAUUCUUCUCUUCCG